UUCCUCUCCUUUCUGUGCUCUUCCACUCUCUUACCUAUUGCAUGUGCAUUUCUCUCAGAAUGAAUCCCCUGGGCAUCACCGUGGUUCUGGUUCUACUUGUAGGUGCGUGGGCUCAGGUCACUUUUCUGCGACCCGAGUGUGACUCCCCUGAGGCAGAGGAGGCUGCUCUAGUGGCUCAAGAUUACCUUAAUGCCCAGCACACCCAUGGCUACAAAUAUGCACUGAACAGGAUUGAAGACAUCAAAAUCUAUUCUACACCCAUGGGAAACAUCACAUAUGACCUGGAAAUUGAACUGUUGGAGACAGACUGUCAUGUGUUGGAUCCUACACCUCUUGCCAACUGCACAGUCAGACCCAAAGUACUUACGGCAGUAGAAGGAGACUGUGAUGUGGUGCUGACGACGGUCGGUGGAGCUCUGGCUGUCACAGCAUUCAAAUGUAAAACAGAAGAAUCAACAGAGGACAUUUGCUUAGGCUGUCCAACCCUCCUCCCCCUAAAUGACACAGCAGCACUGGACUUUGUCCAUGCCUCUCUUGUAACUGUUAACAACUUUACUGUAAACGGGACAUACAGUAUUCUGGAGGUUGGACGGAUGUUGUCACAGGUCUUGCCCGGUGGGCCGAUCUAUUCCGCAGAAUACGUUAUAACUGAGGCUUACUGCACUAAUGAUACCUGCGUACCCUUGAUUAAUGACAUGGCUGCACGGGGUAUUUGUUUUGCAAAAGGUCUGAAUGCUGACCACACAGUGGACUGUAGGAUGUUUGCUACUAUGAUGCCUAUUGUAGAUGCUAACAGCACAGCAACUGCAGCUCCUGCACUUCCACCAGCGGUCCAUGGACAUACAGGCAGCCUGUCAGCCAAGCAUGGUCUGAGAUUCCACAAACUGACAGCUUUACAUGACCCCCAUCUAAGUGGUCUUCUGUCUGCAGAAUCAGCAGAGUCGGAUGAAAUUAUACCUGUAGCUCCUGCAGUGAUAAAUGUAGUUGCAGAUCCAGUUGCUGCUCCAACUGCUGCUGAUCCUUCUACAGAUCCUGCUGCAACUGCUGUUCCAGCUGAUGACAUUAUAUCUACCUCAGAUGCUUCCUCCAUUGAGGUCCUUUCUCUGUUUAAGAGAGAUGUUGUUGCUGUCUCCGUCCCAGCAACUCAAACUGAUACCAUUAUUCUUGCGCCAGUGUGCCCAGGAAGGAUCAGAUUUUUUUAAGUGUUCAUGUUCGAUAGACUAUAACUGCUUCAAUCAGCCACACUGACAACAGUAUAAUUUGUGACUUUUAUACAUGAACAUGUCCUGUGUAAGCAAGUUAUAACAUAAAUGCAUUUCAUAAUAAAAUUUGUUAUUUAAAAAUGCAUCCCUAAAGAUCAGUAUGUUCCUAGAAAAUGUAUCAAGAUUUGCAUUUGGUGCA